AUGAAGGGGAGGUUAAAAAAGCAAUUUUUUGUAGGAGCAGAGAUCGAGUUUGCUAACUUUCUUGUGAGUUCAUCAUUUCGGAUGCAAUUAGAUAGAAAAUGUCUCGUUUUCAGUCUUCAAAUGGAGGGUGUGGUUCAUCUAAUGCUAAGUUCUAUGUGCACCAAGUUGCUGGAAUUUUGCUAUGAAAUACUUGACUGCAAAUUGGUGGUUUGCUCUGCGGAAGUGAAGCAUAUGGCCAAAGAGAAAGUAUCAGUUAUUGGAGUGUUGCAUCAGCUCGCUAGAGAAGGCAUCAACGUGUCCAUCAAUCAGCUAGUUGAUCCGUUCAAGGAGAACUCUAUUUCCAGGCAGUUCAAAAUAGAUAGAGCUCAUCUCACACAUCAUAAACAUGGAGAAUCAAGAACAAGAAGGGCUCCGUCGCUCUUCCCGUGGCCUCCGGGGCCCUCCGAGGGCAAGGCCGGCGGGUUUCCACGGGCCUCCGGUGAACUUCUACGGCCGACCACUUCCCUUGAAUACUUAGCGGCGGCUGCGAUCCUACCACGGGCUUUUUUUCAAAUCGAUGCCCUAGAUCUUGCGCCUCGCCUUCUUGGUAAGCUCCUUCGUAGGGACGAGGUUGUCCUUCAGAUCACGGAGGUGGAGUCUUAUCGGCCUAAUGAUUCCGCAUGCCAUGGUAGAUUUGGGAUUACUGCCCGGACGGCUCCAGUGUUUGGCCCAGGAGGACAUGCCUAUGUUUAUCUUUGCUAUGGUCUCCACGUGAUGCUAAACAUUGUGGCUGAUGAGGAAGGAGUAGGCGCUGCAGUGCUGAUACGCUCUUGUGCCCCUGUUAGUGGCCUGGAGACCAUCCAGCGGCGCCGAGGUCAGAAAACUGAUAAGCCUGUCCUGUUGACAGGGCCAGGAAAGGUUGGGCAAGCACUGGGGCUCUCCACUUCCUGGUCGAAUCAUCCCCUCUACAUCCCUGGUGGUUUGGAGCUACUGGAUGGGCCUGAACCGGAAAAUACUUUGGUUGGUCCCAGAGUUGGUAUCGAUUAUGCAUUGCCUGAGCAUGUAAAUGCACCAUGGAGGUUUGCUGUUGCUGGGAGCCGUUGGAUCAGUGCCCCUAAGAACACCCUCAAGCCUUUAUAGAAAAUGGUUGGUUUUCUUUCACCCUCAUUAUUUUGUUUUUUUAUUUUCAUAUUCCAUAGCUAUAAUUUCCUUGUUUAUUUGCUUGCUUAAUGCGUGUAUUGUAGAUUUACUUGUUAUUUUGUAAUUAUGACAUCGAUAUUACUGUCCACAC